AUGGACAAUAUGCCGUUCACGAACCCAGAAAACGAGUACUUAGAAAACAUCGACUUCUGCGCCUCCUACCCGGAUUCGUGA